CUCCUGACCACGAUGUCUAUCGCUUCUCUACUUCGCGAGCAGAUCGCCGACAUCGACAGCCAGUUGCCCGCUCUCCGUCAACAACUCGCCGAUCUGGAGGCCCGGCAGGCCCAGUUCGUUGCUCAGCUCAGCGAGAUCAAGUUUCCCGUCCUCACGCUCCCGCACGAAGUCACGCUCUACAUCUGGUCGUUCGUCCUGGAGCCAUGGAACCCUGUCUACGAAUACUCUGAGUAUGUACCAGCACAGCCGGCCCUCGUGCUUGCAAGUGUGUGCCGCGUGUGGCGACAGCUUGCGCUGUCAACGACGGAGUUGUGGAGCACGCUAAUAGUGUCAUGGCCGCAUACUGGACCUGUAUACUCCAUCUUGCUAGCUUCACUCUUCUUAAAGCGCUCCGGGAGCAUCCGGCCGCUCGACGUUGACUUCCGCUUCAUCGGCAGGCCCGAGCACAUCCAGUCGAUACAAGUUGAGGAGGCUUUUAAUACGCUGAAGCCUGUAGAAGGCAGACUACAACGUCUGCGCAUCUCCUACGACGGUCAAGGGGUUGACUCGGCGUUCUUGGACCCGAAAAUUCUUCCUGACGCGCUACCCAAACUCCAAGUACUUGACCUGGGGUCCUUCCGCCUCUCCGACAAAACCAACAACAUCUCAACGCGGUCCACCCCCAGACUCUCUUACUUGCGCGUGGAAUCUGCUCAAAUGGCGCGGCGUCUCGGCUUGUCGCCCUGUAACCUUGUCACCCUUGUGCUCUCCUGCGUGGAGCCAGUCCAAACAGCAGAAAUGCUGAGUGCGGCCCCGCGGCUGGAGACACUUCAUCUCGGGAAGGGCAGGUCUGAGGAGUCGGUAACUGGCGCCUCUCGACGCAGACUCGGAGGCGAUCUAUGUCUGGUCCACCUCCGGGAACUCUCUUGCUUGCACGCCGACUGGGCUGAGCUCAUAGACCGCCUGUCGCUCCCUCGUCUUGAAUCCGCGAUCCUCGGCUAUAGCCUGGACACGCGUGCUGCGGCCGCAUUCACCCUCUGCAUCCGCUGCAAUCCCCAGCCGCCCCUCCGUGAGCUUACUAUUCGCGGGAUCGCGGUCGGGGCAACCUGGCGCGCCAUCGUGUGCCUCCCGCCGACCGUCUCUGAGCUGACGCUCGACGCCCUGCCCUGGGAUUUCGCGCACACCGCCCAGUUCUGCCAGGAUGUCCGCACGCGGCUGCUGCUCCCCGGCCUGAAACAUCUCCGCGUUGAGAACUGGGCGUGCAAUUAUGAGGACCCAGCAACCGUUGCGACGGUUGGCCUUUGGGUCGACACGGUCGCAUCCCGUUGGAUCGACCGGACAACGGCGAAGUCAGUCAACUCAGCCAGCCCGGAAUCCGCGCCGCCACCGGUACGGCUCAAGUCGUUCUUUCUGGGGCUCUCCAACUCCGAUGAUUCGGACUGGCACAUCAAGGAGCUCCAGGUCCUGGACCCAUUGCGCAAAAUGAAAGACGAGGGGCUAGAUGUUAGGGUCUUCAUCAAGAAUCGUUUUACGUGCUCGCUGCCUAUAUAG